CAGCAUUUGUUUAGGUUUGAAAGGAUUCAGGAACAGAAAGCUCGGCCUGUAAUUUUCGUUCCACCUUUACUUCCACGAUUGUCUUGUAGUCAUGGCCCACAAACUGCCUCGAGUGCUCUUGUCCCCUUUCCACUGUCAAAAUAAUUAUCCCAGUCUUUUCUUUUUUUCUUGACUUACGUACUCUCAUCUGCAUCGGCCUAUAUCCAAUUCUAUUAGGAUAUGUAUACUUCUCUUCGUCCCAGUUGACGUUAUCUAUCAUUUGAGUCUCUCCUUAACCAUUACCUUCUCUUCUACUUCAUCAUACAAGGAAACGAGCAGUCAAGAUGUCGAAGGACGCCGUAACCCCUACACUGAUCACUGUCAUAUUCAUCCUUUUCACUGGCCUCUAUGGCUUCGUGAAAUUCUCCUAUGAGAAAGCUCAUGUUGAUAUCGCUCACGUCGUUAUACCUACCACGGCGGAAAUCAACCCUCCAGCCCUCUUUGUACCUCCACUAGUUGAUGGCGAUGGCAUCGGCCUCAAGAAAUCCGCUAGACCUCUCUUCACUUAUGUGUACACUGAAUCUCUGAGUGCUCGAGUAAACUUGAUCUUCUUUCUUAGUAACGGUUUACACGACGCCGCUGACUUCAUUUUCAUCCUCAACGGACCCACAAAUGUAGCCACUUUGAUCCCCAACAGGUCCAACAUUCAAGUUGUUUCACGAUCAACGGAAUGUUCAGAUCUGACAGUGCAUGAUGAGAUACUCCGAAAGGAUGGGCUAUGGAAGAAAUAUAACCGAUUCAUCAUGCUCAGCGCCGCAGUUCGGGGACCUUUCGUACCAUUCUGGAGUCGAAGCUGUUGGAGUGAUGUGUUCCUAGAUCGAAUUACUGAAGAUGUUAAGCUUGUUGGUAUGAAGGCAACUUGCCUACCUAAAUUCCAUAUUGAAUCAAUGAUCUUGGCUACAGACACGAUUGGUAUGGAACUCUUGCUAGACCAGCCCAAGGGGUCAUCGGUACCGUAUACAUUAGACGAUCAUCGAAACCAAGUGGUUGUUUCCGGAGAGCACCUCAGUAACACGAAACAGAAUAUCCGCGGUGGAGUUGAAGCUACAGGAAUAAUCAAGUCUGCAGGUUAUAAAGUUGAUAUCGUGAUACCGUCAUUCGCCAAAAUCGAAGAUUACGAGGAGAAUUGCGCCGUGGACUCGGUUGAAGAUAUGACCUUUGGCCAGCAAGAUAACAUUCAUCCGUAUGAAGCUGUAUUCAUCAAGACAAAUCUCGAUACCGACUCGGACACCGUUGCUCGACUCACAGAAUGGCACCAAUCCCGUAUCAUGAAUGGAAGUUGGGAUGCAUGCCAUCGCGAUUCCUAAGACCAUUGAACCUCAGUGACCAAUGGAAAGGAUCAUGGCAAUGAUUAUAUAUUAUGCAGGUGGAGAUUCCAAUGGCCUACUAAGUAGACGGUGUUCGUUUCAAUACGAGGUUUGUUUUUGUGCGAAUGCUAGGUAAAAUAGCAUAAACAUGUAUUUUCUCCUCUCUCCCCUCAAAGUUUUAUUGAAACAUGGAAUAUCGUAGUAGUUCCUCGACCUUC